AUGUAUAAUUCAAUUGUAAAAGCAGUUAGAAAAACUAUAUCGGCAGAUAAAAAUAGAUAUGAAAAUGAAGAGUAUGAUUUAGAUUUAACAUAUAUAACGGAACGUGUAAUAGCAAUGUCAUUUCCUGCAGAUGGUGUAGAAAGUGCAUAUAGAAAUUCAAUUUAUGAUGUUUCAAAAUUAUUAAAUACAUCACAUAAAGAUCAUUAUUUAAUUUAUAAUCUUAGUGAAAGAAAAUAUGAUUAUAGUUUAUUCAAUGGAAUGGUACUUGAUUGGUGUGGAUUUCCAGAUCAUCAUGCACCACCAUUAGGAUUAUUAUUUAAAAUUGUUAUGACAAUAUAUAGUUGGUUAGAAAAGGAUCCAAUGAAUGUUGUUGUAGUACAUUGUAUGGCAGGUAAAGGAAGAACAGGUACAGUUAUAAGUGCAUUAUUACAAUAUGGCGGAUUGUUUGAAGGUGCAUCAGAUGCAAUGAGAUAUUUCGCAGUAAAGAGAUCAAAUAAUAAUUAUGGGAUAACAGGACCAUCACAAAUUAGAUAUACACAAUACUUUUCUGAUAUUUAUUUCGGUGGUAAAGAGUUGAAUCCAGGACCUGUAUUUUUAAAAUCAAUAUCUAUGGUAACAUUACCAAAGUUUUUUUUAGGACCAUUGAAACAAGGUGUUUGUCCAGUAUUAAACAUUUAUUCAGCAACUCAAAAGGGUGUUAGAAUUUUCACCAGUGCACCUAUCGAAGGUGAUACAAAAGAAACUCGUACCUAUCAAUCGGGUAAUGCUACGAUUGUUUUCGAAGUACGUAAAAUCGUUAGAGGUGAUAUUUUACUGGUUUUCUCUCAUAUCACUCCAUUCUAUAGGGUAGAACAGAUUUGUCGUGCAAAUUUUCAUACUGGUAUGUUUUCAUUUCCAACUUUAAUCUUAACAAAAUCAGAUUUAGAUGGUGCAGAUGGUGAUAAAAGAUUUAGUAGUGAUUUUCAUUUAAGAUUAGAUUUUCAAGAAGUUGUAAAUCAAAAUCAACAACAGCAACAACAAUUAUUAAAUAGUAAUAAUGGUGAUUUAACACCAUAUAUUAUUCCAGCAAAUGCACAAACUUCAAUUGAAUAUCAAAAAGAAAUUAAAAAAGAAAUUAAAUGGAUUAGACAUGAAGCAAUUGCAAAAAAGGAUCAUCGUAAUGGUUCAAUAUUUUUCUUACCAUCAAAUAAUUCAGAAAAGAUAAAACAAGCAAAAGAUACAGCAUCGAAACAGGGUACAUUUGGUGUACAUAGUGGAUAUUUAUUUAAGAAAGGUCAUAAUUUUAAGAGUUGGAGACGUAGAUGGUUCGUUCUAAAGGAUAAUAUUCUAAGUUACUAUAAAUCACCAAAAGAUACCGCACCAGCUGGUAUCAUACCAAUUAAUGAAAUUGUAAAUAUUGAAAUAGAAUGUGAAAUCUCUCAAGCGGAAGGUUACGAUUAUUGCUUCCAAAUUUCAACUAGUAAAGCAAACUAUUUAAUCUCUGCAGAGAAUGAAAGGGAUCUAGAGGAUUGGACAGAGAUAUUAAGAUCUGCAAAACGUAUGGUACAAUCAACAGGUCGUCUUUUCAUUGAAAUCUUGGAGGUUAAAUAUCAACCAAAUAUGAUCUUAGCCGAUCGUUCCUUCAUAAACAAUCCCCAGCCCAAUGGUGUACUACCAUUACCCAUUAAAAUGUUGGAUAUCAAUGAUCAUCCAAUCGAUAUUAUCACUUAUGUAACCGUUCAUCUUGGCAAGAAAAGAGAUACAACCUCUCAUAAAUCUGUACUCUAUAAUCCGGUAUUCAUGUAUGCUGGUGAUUUUCCAAUCUAUGAUGAUGAACCUUCUGAUUUAGUCGUUUCACUUUGGGUUAGAUCAUCUGUUCAAAAUAUUAAAGAUACUUUAGCUGCUGAGUUCAUUUUGAAACAUAAUCAAUUAACAAAUAAAUAUAAUACAGAUUGGAGGGAUUUCAAUAGGAUAAAAUCAAAUUUACUCUCCAAAAUGUCUUUAAAAAUUGGUAUGGCUUAUGGUAGUGAAGUUGAUAUACAAUUAUCAGAAAUAGCGAAAGGUUCAUCACAACAACAACAACAACAAUCAUCAUCAUCAUUAUCAGCCUCACCUUCAAGUUCACCCCAUACAAGUACAAAUUAUUUAAAUAACAAACCUCAUGUCUCUUUUAAUCAUAGUAUAUAUAAUAAUAGUAAUAUUUUAAGUGCAAAUUCAAAUUCAAUUUCAUUAUCAAAUUCUUUAAAUUUUAAUACCACCCCUUCCUCCUCCACUACAACCACAACCACUACUGCAACAAAUUCAAAUGUAUCAACUUCAUUACCUCAACCAUCAACAAUUUAUUUAGCAAAAUCUAGAGAAGAAAAUAAAAUUAAUAAUUUAAAUAGUUCAAAUAAUUCAAAUACUUCAGUUAAUUCAAAUUUAUCAAGAGAUCCAUUAACUGGUUUACCAACAGUUAAUAAUAACAACGGUAAACAAAAUGAAUCUAAUAAAUUUGGAUAUAAUCCUUAUGACGAAGAUGAUGAAGAUAAAUUGAUUGAAGCAUUACAAUCACAAUUAAAUGAUACAGAAGAUGACGAAGAUUUACUACUAUCAACUUUAAAGAAUAAAUUAGAUGAUUUUGAUGAUGAAGAUGGAGGUGAUGACUAUAAUAAUAAUAAUUCUACUACAAGAGUUUUAGAGGACGACAAUAUAUCAGAAUUUGAAGAAAUAAGGGACUCUCAAAAUAGUAAUUAA